AUGACAACAGAAUCUGAUGGUGUAGAGAAUACAGCCCCUCGUGGUGUCAAGCGACGCUCGAACUCGCCACCACCCUGGCGACGAUCGCAGAAAGCACAACGAACAAGCUAUGCGAGUAGAGAUGGCCCGAACCGACAAGAAUCCGCUGCCACCUUCGAGAAACUGCAGAAAGAUCAAGUUAGACUGAAUCAGAUACAAGAAGACGAAAGAGCCCGAGAAUGGGUUGCUCAAGAGGACGAAUUUGUUCUAAAACAGGCAAAGAAAAAGGCAGAGAUCCGUGUCAAGGACGGCAGGGCCAAGCCUAUUGAUUGGCUCACAGUAGUCUUGCGGAGUAUCGAUACAACGCGAAACGCCUUAGACGAUGAGUACGACACCAGUGAAAUCGACAUUGUUGAUCCCAACACGGUCUUUGAUAAGCUGUCUGAGGAACAACUGUUGGACCUCGAGAAAGAUAUUGAUACCUUCCUACGCCUGGAGAAGAACACUCAGAACAAAGACUACUGGCGAACCAUGAGAAUCAUUUGCCGAGAUCGGAGGAAGAAGUCCACAGUGGAUCCAGAAGGCCGUGCUGUAAGCUCUGUCUCGUCGGAUAUCGAUCUUUUGUUAAGCCCAAAGUCUUUCGACGAGCUUGAAGCUCUGGAGGUGCAGAUCAACCGCAAGCUGGUAUCUGAUGAGCCUAUUGACACAGAUUACUGGGAACAGCUGCUAAAGAGCCUCUUAACAUGGAAAGCGAAGGCCAAGCUUGAAAAGUUGUAUCAGUCUGCCCUCGACUCGCGAUCCUCAGCACUUGUGCGCCAGACUGGUGCCACAACUGUGCAUGUUGGAAAGAGGCAAGAACGUCCGAAUAAAGGUACAGACAGCGGCUCUGUCAUUUUCCCAAUAACAGGUGAUGCGAUGCGGAAGCCAGAACAGAAGCCGACCACCGCUGAGACAGAUGCAGCUCGAGCGGGCCUUGUUCUCUCGGAGCCAUCCUCUGGAAGAUUUGCUGCCAUACCAACCGAAGACUUCUCCCAGGCGACUAAGGCACUUUACGAGAAAGAGGUAGCUCGCGGCAUAAGUGAGAAUGAGGAAAUCUUUGCAGGAGAGGAAGAUGUCGACACCAAGUCUAAAGCUCUCUGGUCCGGCAAGUACCGACCACGUAAGCCUCGUUAUUUCAACCGGGUCCAGAUGGGGUACGAAUGGAACAAGUACAACCAAACCCACUAUGAUCAUGACAAUCCGCCUCCAAAGGUCGUACAGGGUUACAAGUUCAAUAUCUUCUAUCCUGACCUGAUCGACAAAACUAAAGCACCAACCUACAAAAUCGAAAGAGAAGGGGGACGAAAGAAAGGGCAGUCGUUUGCCCCAGCCGGCGAGGAAGAUACUUGCCUCAUCAGGUUUAUCUCUGGUCCGCCUUACGAGGACGUGGCUUUUCGUAUUGUUGAUAAAGAAUGGGAUUACAGCGCCAAACGCGAAAGAGGCUUCAAGAGCAGUUUUGAUAAAGGGAUCCUACAGCUUCAUUUCCAGUUCAAAAAAGUCUUUUACAGGAAGUGA